AUGUCCCUCUUCCCAACCACCCUCCCCGCCCUCCCCCUCCGCGAAGCGAUCGUGGACCCGCUCUACCGCGCCGUCCUCUCCUACGACGACAACAACCUCCCCCUCUUCGAGUCCGCCUUCUUCGAGGACGCCGUCCUCGACUUCGACGGCCGCGUGAUGGAGGGCCGCGCGGCCAUCAAGACCGGCAGCUGGGACCCCGUCGCCCCGCUGGACACCACCCACUUUUUGAGCAAUGUGCGCAUCAACCUGCCGGCAGAGGAUCGUGGGACCGCGACCGCGACCGCGACCGUGACCGCCUCGGCGUUGGCGCAGCAUUUCCGGGCGGGUCAGGGGAAUCAGCCUGACACUACUCCGUUGACGAGCGGGGCGCUGUAUUCGGUUGAGGUGGCGAGGGACUUUGCGGGUGGUGGUGGGGUGUGGAGGAUUAAGCGGUGGAGGAUGCGGUUGGUGUGGACGGAGGGGGAUUGGGGGGUUAUGACGGGGAACUAA